UCCUCAGUGAGUGAGGCAACAGUUUGUUUUGGUGAAGCUCAGCCUCUUCAGCCUCUUUCAUUCAGCCGCUGCGUCCUCCACGCGCCACCAUGACGCACAUCGCUCCUCUUCUUCUUUUCACUCUCAGUUUGACAUCUUCAGUCUUGGGGUCGGGGGCUGCGGAAGCCUCGGUUCUCUGCGCCUGGUCUAAAGUUUUGUCUAACGGAGAAGUGCACUACAGUUUCCUCCGGCGGGGCUCUCCAUCCGUGCGGCUCUACCACAGCGCCUGGUCCGGGCAGGAGCGCGCUCUGCUCAGCUGCGCCUGGAGCGACGACGCGGCAGUGAUCCACAACUAUUUCUCUCUGUGCCUGGAGCGCGCGCAGGAGUUUUCCGAUAAGCCGGAUGAAAAUUUCGAUGUGGAGUCGAUGAUUGGAGGCGAGGAGCAGUGCAUCUCUCUGGCUGCUCCAGGGCCCGGGGGGUCCGAGCUCGGGGGGCGCACAGGGGAAAAGCCGAUGAGGAGGAGGAGGAGGAACAGCGUCCCUGGUCUCCCCGCGGCUCAGAACAGUCAAGGUCAAGAUGAAAGGUCAGAGGUCAAGAGCCGUAAGCGUGUAAAGCGCGGUUUCAUUGUACCUGGGACUCUCUGGUGCGGCUCUGGCAACAAGGCGCCAUCAUAUGAAGAUCUGGGGGUCUUUGCAGACACGGACAGCUGCUGCCGGGAACACGACCAGUGCAAACACACCAUCCUGUCCUUUCAGUCAGAGUACGGCGUCUUCAACAGCAACAUCUUCACCAUGUCUCACUGCGACUGCGACAACAGGUUUCAUAGUUGUCUGAUGGAGGCGAACGACAGCAUCGCUGACGUGGUGGGAUACACCUUCUUUAACCUGCUGAAGAUGCACUGCUUUGAGUUCUCCCACCGCCUCCAGUGCACAGAGAGAAACUGGUUUGGAAUGUGUAAAGAGACUAAAAUGGCUCUGUAUGCUGAUGUCCAUCCACCCACACUGUACGAGUCAGAGGUCAGCAUGAACAGUACCAGCUCCAUCGCCAACGCCACCAUACCUGCAGACCCACAGCUCUUCUCCAUCACCGCUGCUGCGUCCACCGUCCCUACACCGUCAACGAGCUCACCCUCAGCCUCCAUCACUCCUGUCACCAAUGUCACCGAUGUCACCGAUGUCACCGAUGUCACCGAUGUCACCGAUGUCACAGAUGUCACCAAUGUCACCACUGUUACCGAUGUCACGGAUGUCACUGAUUUCACCGAUGUCACCAAUGUCACCAAUGUCACCAAUUUCACCACCUCCACAGUCACAAACACACCAGCGAGACCCAAAGUUUCCGUACCUGAGAACACUUUACCCACCAGAAACCGAACUGAGCCGGAUGCUGACACUGCAGAGAUGCAGCUGUCAUGUGGUGUCUAUAAGGAUCUCGAUGAGUGCAGGAACAAGAUCCUUCCCCUGCAGAGGAGAUAUGGCCUCCACAACCCGGAGCCCAGGACGCUGUACCACUGCAACUGUACCACCAGAUUAUUCCAGACUUUGGUUAAACAAAGAAAACUGACCGAAGUACAGGCCCUUCUGCUUGGAUAUGUGUCUGAAUCUUGCUUCCUGCCACAGGACUGCACAGCAGACAAAAGCUGUACAGCAGUUCUGGUGAGAGCAGAUCUCCCUCAGCUGGAGCAGGGGAGCAGUGCAGAGGUGGAGGAGCAGCGCCAUCUACAGGCAGUUAGACUGACGUUCAGGAGGCAAAACACCAGGAGGGCUAAAAGAAAAGACAGAGCGGUGAAGCUUCACAGACUGUGUCUCAGGAUGACCCGGCCCAAACAAAAGAACAAGACAAGAAAACGUGGUCAAAAUGCUCAACAGCCGGCUGUUAGAGGGAGAGAGCACGUCUGAAAGUAACUAUCAUGGAGACCCAAAGUGUUCAAUAUUAGAUAGAAACAUAUGAAUAAAUACAAAUAAAUAUAACCGUGAAACUCUCAAAAAUGACUUAUUUAUUUAAUGAUGAACACUUUUGAUCUCCAUUAAAUAUUGUAGUAUUAUGUAUUUAUGUUGUUACAUCAGGGAAGUGAAACUGAGUUAAGGCCAAAUUGUUUUUUGAAUCUGUUUUGAGCAAACUAUAAAGUUUUCCUCGAGUAUAAUAAACCUUCUGGCAUGUCAUCGCAGCAAAAGCACAGGCGUAACUUAUAACAUUAACUACGACUGCAUUUCAUUCAGAGCAGCCCUGCGGUUCUGCUGCUUUUCCUGCCGUGACAAAUUAAGAUGUCUGCCACAAAACACUCGUGGUUGUUUUUUCUGAGAAUAGAAUAACAAGGAAGUCAUGGUUAACUCACCUUUUUAUGUACCUCUGCAUCGAAGUCUGCACUACAGUAUUUCCUCUAUAGGACUUGCAGCCGCCACUGGGGACACUGAGGUCAUGUUCCUAUUGUUUCUGGUUGUGUUUGGGGCGUUUUAACACCUACAGAGGUUUAAAGGACUGUUUCAGAUAUUCUUUGGCGUCAAUAUCAAUUUAAAUGUGACUAUUUUUAGCUGUAAACUGUAUUCCUUGCAAUGUGGAGGAUACUUUGGAGCAGCAUUUAGACUAUCAUGUAGGGAGAUAGAACAUAACUCAACAGUUAAAUAAAUAAACAUAAUGUGAAAGUAUUUAUUAAUGUACACUGUCAUCAGACAUUUCAUGGGGGGGGGGGGGGGGGGGGGGUACUCCUGACCUCAGUAUGUCUGAAAUCAUGGCUACAGUCCUGCUCCCUAAUCACUGUUUCUGCACUUACUGUACAUGUAAAUGUUUGUACUGUGUUGUUGCAAAUCUUUUGUGAUGAAAGCAAAGAAAAAGGAGAGGCCUAAGUGGGGGGGAAAGUAUGUAAAUAUCUGUACAUAAGAAACACACUGUGAUAUUUUUGGUUUAUGAUGUAUGUAUGACUCAUUAAAUUUAAAGGAAUAGUUUGA